CGCAGCAUUCUGCAAAAAAAUUAUCAUAUUUUCUCUGCUCCUUCUCUCUCUCUCUCUCUCUCUCUCGCUCGCUCUCUGAGAUAGUGUUUGACUCAAAAAUAUCUCAAUCAUCUUCUUUUCCUAAACCCUUCAUAUCUCUAUCUCUCCAUCUGCUUCAUAGCAAUGGGAAUUUGGGUUUGGUGAGAAAGAUGCAAACUUUGAAACUGAUCGUUUGAGAAGAAAAACAUGCGAAUUCUGUGUGAUGCUUGUGAGAGCGCCGCCGCAAUUGUAUUUUGCGCCGCCGACGAAGCUGCUCUUUGCUGCUCCUGCGACGAAAAAGUUCAUAAGUGCAACAAGCUAGCUAGUCGACAUGUACGUGUAGGCUUAGCUGAUCCAAGCAAUGCCCCGAGCUGUGACAUAUGCGAAAAUGCACCCGCAUUCUUUUACUGUGAGAUAGAUGGUAGUUCCCUUUGUCUACAAUGUGACAUGGUUGUACAUGUUGGUGGGAAGAGAACACACAGGCGUUUUCUAUUGCUGAGACAGAGGAUUGAGUUCCCAGGCGAUAAGCCUAAUCACGCUGACCAAUUGGGAUUACGUUGUCAAAAAGGUUCUUCUGGUCGCGGUCAAGAAUCAAAUGGAAAUGGUGAUCAUGAUCACAAUAUGAUUGAUCUCAAUUCCAACCCUCAAAGAGUACACGAGCCUGGAUCGAAUCACCAAGAGGAGGGUAUUGAUGUAAAUAACGCAAACAAUCAUGAGCCUGAACAUUGAUCAUAGAUACACAAGAUCAAGUAAGAACCAACCUAUGCAAGAACACUAUCUUUAUAGGGAAAUCUCUCAUUUGGUUUUGAGGAAAUCAGAUUAAAUGGCUUAGCGUAGACCAAUAAGUUGUUUUCUGGAUUUCUUCUCUUUUUCUUUCCUUUGCGAAAUGGUCAAUUAGAUAGCAAAGCUUGAAAGAGAUUAUUGUAUAAUGACGAAUCUUCAGAGUUAAAUCUCAAAUAAAAACUAUGAAAAAAGCCAUUAAAGAAGAUGCCUUCUUGGCUCAGUUUAAGUGAUCA